GCCACGGAUCCUUGGCGGGGGUCCCCGGCCUGGCGAGGUCUGGCGCCCCUUGGGGGGCGCUCACCCGACCUGGGCCUUGUGGGGGUGGCCCCGAGGAGACCUGAGUUGGAGGCAGAGGCCGCACCUGGGCUUUAGUCCUCCUGCAGAGUCACGGACCUGGCACCCUUGCCCCAAACCCUUGUGGCUCGAACCCGGCCUUCCAGAUGCGCCGGCAAAGUUGGGCUCAGUCAGAAGAGGCUGGUGAGGAAACUCUACAGAGAAGGAUGUCAGAUGCAGAGGAGGCCCCCAGAGAAUCGACAGGACAAAAUGGAGAAACAGAAAUGAAAGAAGAGGAGGAACCUAAUCCAAAUUAUAAAGAAGUAGAAAAUCCACAAGAGGAAUUGAAAGAUGACACAUUAGCAUGGAGAGAGUCUCAGGAGGAGGAGAGGAAAAAGGGCGAGGAGGAAGGGGAGGAGGAGGAGGAAGAGGAGGGGGAGGAGGACAAAGAGAUUGCCAUGGAAGAAACUCAGGAAAAAGCUGGAGAAGCCCAGGAGGAGGAGGCUUCAGGAAUACAGAAAGAAACCACAGUGGAGCCCCAAGAAAUGAAAAAAUCCAUGACCAGUUUGGAGACACAGAUUACCGAUUCCCAGUCAAUCACAUCAGCAAUUUUCCCAACAACCCAAAGAGGUAGCGAGUCAAAGCCUUCCUUACAGCCAGAGGAUUCAGAAGCAGAUGAAUUUCUUGAUUUGGAUCAAAUCAGUCCUGAGGAACAACAGAUGAGUUCCCCUGAAAGGCAGCCUUCAGGAGAGCUUGAGGACACCAACCAGAGGCCCCAGGAUGAACUGGGACGAGAAAGAAGGGACUUGGAGCCAGAAAAGAAAGAGGAGGGACAAGAAAGGAGCGUAUCCUCUACCCAGUCCAUAGCAGGGAUCUCCAGGGAGUCACUGGUGUCCACCACCACAGAGGACGUUUUGUUUCAAAAGGAUAAAAGUGCCCCGGUGUAUCCCUUGACCUUGACCUGGUCGUUUGGAUGGAACAGUUCUCUUCCUGUUUACUAUGUUCGAGAGGAAAAGCAGAGAGUUCUUCUGUAUGUUUGCGCUCACACUGUGAUCAUCUACAACGUAUUCAGGAAUCAUCAGUACCACCUUCAGGGCCACGCCAAUAUUAUCUCCUGCAUCUGCAUCAGUGAAGACAGGCGGUGGAUCGCCACAGCAGACAAAGGGCCAGACUGCCUGGUCAUUAUAUGGGACACCUUCACAGGUAUUCCUGUGCACACGAUAUUUGACAGCUGCCCCGAAGGGAAUGGUAUCAGGGCAAUGGCCAUGGCCCACGAUGCCAAGUAUCUGGCAACCAUCUCAGAUGCUGAAGUCCAGAAGGUGUGCAUCUGGAAGUGGACUUUGGCAGUGGAAACACCAGCAUGUACUCUUGAACUCCCCAAAGAGUACGGUUUUCAGAACUACCUCACUUUUAACCCAACAAACAAUAAAGAAUUGGUGAGCAAUAGUAAAACACAGGCAAUAUAUUAUGCAUGGUAUGAAGAGAGAGACACACUGGCUCACAGUGCCCCACUUUUAACAGAAAAAACUUUCAACAAGCUUGUGGGAAAGUUUAGCCAGUCCAUCUUCCACUUGAAUUUAACACAAAUACUGUCAGCCACGAUGGAAGGGAAGCUGGUUGUCUGGGAUAUACACCGCCCACCGUCAUCUGCCUCCACCUUUUUGGGCUUUCCCUAUAUCAAGCCUUGUAAAUUGGUUCAUUUGCAGAAAGAGAGUAUCACUGUGCUUACUACAAUUGAUAGCUACAUUGUCACAGGUGACAUUAAGGGUAACAUCAAGUUCUAUGAUCACACCCUGUCCAUUGUUAACUGGUACAGUCACUUGCAACUGAGCGCCAUAAGAACUCUGUCCUUUUCAAAGACCCCAGCAACUCCUCCUACUGAAAAAUCAAACUAUCCUCCCGACUGCACUUUAAAAGGUGACCUUUUUGUCAUAAGGAAUUUUAUCAUUGGAACAUCUGAUGCCACCAUGUACCACUUAACAACAGAUGGGACCAAACUUGAGAAGUUAUUUGUAGAGCCCAAGGAUGCCAUUUGUGCCAUCUCCUGCCACCCAUAUCAACCCCUCAUUGCCAUCGGGAGCAUCUGUGGGAUGAUCAAAGUGUGGAAUUAUGAAAAGAAGCGAUACCUUUUCAGCAGGGUUUUUGAGAAGGGGCUUGGAGUCCAGAGUCUGACCUAUAACCCAGAAGGAGCCCUUCUUGGAGCUGGCUUCACAGAGGGAACAGUUUACAUUCUUGAUGCAAUGUCUUUAGAAAAUGAAAGCCCAGAGCCUUUCAGAUACUCCAGAACCAGUGUGACUCACAUCAGCUUUUCCCAUGACUCCCAGUACAUGGCAACUGCUGUAAGCGUUUUCACCAACAACCCAACCACACUUUCCCAUCUCCAUGGUGCCACGGCCACUCCUCUGCUUUGUGUGCACAACGCUUCUGGAGCCAAAGCAUCUCAGCACACCGUGGGUGCACACAGCUCAGGCCCUGUGUCCCCUCAGAUAGAGUAUGAUCUUCUCAGGAGCUACAAAGACCACCUGGAAGUCCUGGACAUUCACCGCACCGACCAGGGCUGCUACCCCACCUGCAUGGUCUGGUACCCGCCACUCACCAGGGAACUCUUCCUGCUCAUCUGCAACAGUGGCUACAAAGUGAAGCUUUUUAAUGCUACCACCAAAAUGUGCAGAAAGACGCUUAUGGGCCCAGCUUACGGUUCCCCUAUUGAGCAGGCACAGGUCCUCCCGGCGAGAAGCAUGGCAGAGCUACCGAAACGCUACUUGGUGUUUAUUAACAGAGACAAGGUUGGACUGCAGAUCUUACCAGUGGACGGCAAUCCACAUAAGACAACUGCUAUUGUUUGCCACCCAAAUGGGGUGGCUGGCAUGGCCCUUUCCUAUGACGGCCGCUACGCAUUCACCGCAGGGGGGCACGAUCGUUCGGUGGUCCAGUGGAAAAUCAAUUCAAGUGUCCUGGAGGCAGCGGUUUCUCUUGGGGGUGAAGACUUGACCCCAUUCUACGGUCUGCUAUCUGGCGGCCGGAAAGGAAAAUUCUACAGGGAGCUAGAAGACUACUUCUACUACUCCCAGCUCCGCAGUCAAGGCAUUGACACAAUGGAGACCAGAAAGGUGUCGGAACACAUUUGCCUGUCAGAGCUGCCUUUUGUCAUGAGAGCAAUUGGCUUUUACCCAUCUGAAGAGAAGAUUGAGGAUAUAUUUAACGAAAUCAAGUUUGGGGAGUAUGUGGACACCGGAAAGCUAAUCGACAAGAUCAACUUACCAGAUUUCCUCAGAGUGUACCUUAACCACAGGCCACCUUUUGGUAACACCUUGAGUGGCAUCCACAAGAGCUUUGAGGUGCUCGGUUAUACCAACUCCAAAGGCGAAAAGGCCAUCCGAAGAGAGGACUUCCUGAAACUGCUUGUUACCAAAGGUGAGCACAUGACGGAGGAGGAGAUGUUGGAUUGCUUUGCUUCGCUGUUUGGCCUGAAUCCUGAGGGAUGGAAAUCCGAGCCUGCAACCUCCUCUGUCAAAGGUUCAGAAAUUUGCCUUGAAGAAGAACUUCCGGACGAAAUCACUGCAGAAAUAUUCGCAACUGGAAUUCUUGGCUUAACCAUUUCAGAAGAUUCCGGCCAGGAUGGUCAGUGAAGUUAUCAAGAAUGUUUAAAGCACAAAAGACUUUGGAUGUGUGUGGAUGCACUUGCUAUGUUUUUCAUGAGGCACUGCUUUUUAUGUAUUUCCCUCCCCCCCCCCCAUCUUUAGAACAUUUAGACAUUAAAGCAAAUUUCUGGUGAGCAAUGGAAUUCA